CAUCGGCUUUUACUAGGAUAUUUGUAGAUAUCCCACACGUGCGUCUUUUCCUAUCGCCUAAGGAACGCUGUAGGGUAAACUACAAUAUUUGCCGACUUUCCACCUGCACCCGGUGACCUGCGGGGUGUGGCCUGUGCACGUGCAUUGCCGACUAUUUAAGGAUGUGACACAUUGCCAACCUCACUUACAGCAGCCGACCCUCUCUACUGACCGCACGAGGCGCUGUCUCGCCUCUCUCAACCAUACACACCCCUCGUGUUGAUAGUGUAGCGAUGCUCGCCACUUGGAAGCUGACUUUAUAUUGUUUCUGUGUCCUGAUAGUAGCUGCCAGGAGUCGGGAUGCAGCUAGGAACAGGGGGAAGCCUCCCCUCAUCGAGGAACCCAGCAAGAAAAGUAAAAAUCGACCGACACACUGUACUUUCGGCAAUCUGACCUACGAGUUGGAAGAAAGAUGGAGACCCGACCUUGGCCCACCCUUUGGAGUGUUGUAUUGCGUUCGAUGCGAGUGUACUGCGGUGCGCAAGAAGAAACGAGUUACAGCCAAAGUCAGGUGUCGCAACAUUAAGUACGACUGUCCCAAACUGACCUGUCACAAUCCGGUCCUCCAAUCUGGCAGGUGCUGCAAAACCUGUCCGGGACAAGAUUACGCGGAUCUAGAAGAGGAUCUAGCGUCGAAGAAAUUCGAGGACGAAGAGGAAAAUGCAAUUAAAGAGUUUUCUGCCCUGAUGACCGGACGUGGGUUCUUACCAAACGUACAGACUGGUGCGGCGGCUAGGGGUUAUGCCAUUUUAAAUAAAAGAAAUCUUCACUAUACGAUUCAUUAUUCCGGGCUGAGUCUUCCUACUUCGGUCCGGUUUACCGACGACGAAGGCACCAUUCUGUCGGAACACGAAGUCAAUGCUCUUCCCAAAUAUGUAAACGAAUCGAAAGUAUGCGGAGCGUGGAGGAGUCUACCGAAAAUUUACAGGCGUCUGUUACACAAGGAUCGUCUGUACGUCGUCCUGGCGACGUCAGAACAUCCUGACGGAGAAGUGGGAGGAAAACUGUUAAAAAAUAUGAGAUUUAAUACGGAAGUGUACAGCUCCUUGUUACUGUCUGACGAUCUUAAUGCCGGUUCCGGAGGAAUCGCCACGAUAGCUCCCGUCCAGGAUAACGUGCACGUAAUUAUCGAUUUCAAUGGAGUGUUUUCUCCGAAAGAUUCCCACAAUGUUGCAGUAUUUAUCAGGAUCAACAACAGGGAUGACAACACACUGUUGGCAGAGGCUGUUGUCAUUAUGCCAAAAGUAAAUCCAGAAUAUAACAGAGCUAACAUGAAAAUGAAAAUGACCGACAAGGUGCAGAAGCUGCUAAGCGAAGGGAAGUUAGAGAUGACGAUUAAUUCUACAGACGAAAGUAAAAUGUUGCGAGGUCGAAUAGUAGUGAAACCCACUUGUAAUGUUUUUCAAGCCGUUUUAACUUCUGAAAAGUUGACGAACAAAGCGUUUCAAAUGACAAAGCCCUCUGGAUUUGUAUUAUUUUCAAUAAAUCCCGACGGGACUGUCAACUACAAGUUGCAUGUUGUCGACUCGGAACACGAACCUUCUUCCAUUCUGUUUCAAACAGAUGCCAAUGAGGGAGUGAGUUUAGGAGAAAUCAAUAACCUCGACUUUUCGGGAGAAUGGGCAAAUGGUACUUUUGCUGAAACAAAUUCUCAGUUAAUUGAAAUGUUAAUGACCGAUGACUUGUAUUUGAGUGUGUCCACCUCGGAUGAUCAGAACGAACUCAGAGGUAGAAUCCGCCAGCGUUUGUACACCGAUGCCUUCGUCAGCGAAAUGCCGCUCCUACUUUCGUCUAAAGGAAAUUCUUCGGCAGCAGGAAUUGCUUGGCUGUCCGUAGACAAAGACUGUGUGUUGCAUUACGAAGUGGACGUCUCUAACUUAGACCAGGAAGGGAGUAAAUCUGAUCGUCACUUGGUUGAAAUUCUACAGAAAUCUGAUUAUAAUUCCAGGCAGCAGGUAUUAAAAAAACUGGACGGAGACGAGGUGGAAGAUAGGACCGAAAUAAUGGCUAUUUACACUUUGAAAUCUGGAAAUAGUCAAGUGUUGGUCACCACUAAAAGUGGACGGGAAAAAUCGAUAGAACUGAAGGGAACGAUCGAUAAAAUUUAUGUUCCUGCUAAUUGUUUACUGAGAUCGGAUCCUAUGCAACAAUCUACUUUCCCUUACAUGGAAGAUGGAUCGAACGAAAUAUUGAGAGACUCUUCCCAGUGUUACUACGAAGGGAAGAUUUUUGCAGACGGAACCCAGUGGAAGGCGGAGCAUAAUCCAUGUUGGAUGUGUUCGUGUCAGAGAGGUAAAGUAGUGUGUGAUUCAGUAAUAUGUCCUCCAACCACAUGCAAUAAUCCCGUGACUUUACCAUCGGAAUGUUGCCCUAGUUGUUACGACGCUAAUGUUAAUGGAACUGCCGAAGAAGCAAUUAGGGGGUGUUACUUCGAAGGAGAUAAAAAAUUCCACAGUGCCGGUAGUCAAUGGCACCCUUAUAUCCCUCCAUUUGGAUUUAGUACGUGUGCCAUAUGUACUUGCCAGCCCGAUACAUUGACUGUGGAAUGCCAGAAAACCGUGUGUCCACCAUUAUCCUGUCCCGAUCACAAGGCAGUUCGUGCAGAUCCGCUGGCUUGCUGCAAGACUUGUAAAAACGAAGUAGUAGAAUCCCCUCCUUACAAAGGCCAAAUCUUUGCUGGCACUCUCGGAGAUCAGGCAGAAUUAAAACAGAGAGAUAUUCUUUUAGAAGGAGGAUGCAAAACGAGAGGACAGAUAUUCGCUAACGGAGCCGAAUGGCAUCCAACGGUACAACCUUUUGGAGAAAUGAAGUGCAUUAACUGUCACUGCAAGGACGGACAAUCAAAAUGCAGGAGGCAGAAAUGUCCAAAACUUGCCUGCGACAGCAAAAUCUAUGACGAGAGCGAAUGCUGUCCGAGAUGUCCAGAAAAUGGUAAAUUGUACAAUGAAAAUCACCCAUCCAAAAAAGAAAAGCGGAAAUGGAAAAUCAAAAAUAAGAGGCAAAUAAGUUAAACGCAGAGAAUGACUUCUGCAAUUUAUUUUUACUCAUGUAUAUUAUGACAUUUUUUAAAACUAUAUUAUAAAAUAUAUUUUCACACGCAAUGGACACCGAAACGCAAACGUCGAGAUUAACUAACAUUAUUUUCGGAGUAGUGAAGGUGAUAAGUGUGCCAAAAUGGAUCAAGGUGCCUAGAUUACCCGAAAACAUAGUUUUUUUUUUUUUUUUGUAAAACCGACAAUUUGUAUAUAGUAUUAUCUGGUCAAGCCAGUUUGUAUAUGUCUCAUUGUGGAUAUGUGUAAGGCAUUUAUGCUGAAAAAAAUUCUAUACAGACAAGUGUGCCAAAGGUGAAGCUGUGAUAGAUAUAAUUUGGCAUGAUGCAUCCUAACGUACGAUCUUCUCAUUUCUCGAUCCGCAUUUCGUCGGACUAUCGAACGAAGCGCAAGACACUUUUUCGUCUCCAACGCUUGCCACCUUUAGUCUACCUCUCGCUUGCAUCAAUGAUUUCCAAAGAGAUGCACUCUUCGUUAUAUUUUUGUGUACGUGCCAUCUUAGAUUUUAUAACUGCGAAAGUUAUUUGCAGGUAGCUACAGUCUAAUUUUUUUUUUUUUGACAGGGUGGAAUAAACACAAACACACACUACAAGGUUUGUUUUUUUUUUAGAUUGUGGCGUGCCAAAACGGUAUAAAUGUUCGCAUAUGUUAAUUAAUUAAUUAAUAAGAGAUUGUUAUACUGUUGCCUUUAUAUACUGAGAAAAAGAAAAACCAAAAUAAUUAAACUGUUAACUUUCUAGAUUUGUUGUUAUGGAAUUUUGAGAGUUUUACACAGGUAUAUU